AUGGACUCGUUCAACUCAGCUCCUGAAACAAACCUGACGUUUGUGCGUCCUGCGUAUUUCAUAAUCCGGGGGUUCGUUGACAUUCCCGAUAUCAAGUAUUACUAUGUGUUCCUCUUCUUUGUCUAUAUCAUGUCAGUGCUGGGAAACGCGGCAGUGAUGGCUCUGAUAUGCCUGGACCAUCACCUGAGGACCCCCAAGUACGUGGCCGUGUUCAACCUGGCCUUCGUGGACGUGUUCGGCAGCUCCGCUCUGGUGCCCAAGGUCCUCGACGUCUUCCUGUUCGACCAUCCCAGAAUCCCCUUCAGCGACUGCCUGGCCUUCAUGUUCUUCUGCUUCACCUGCCUCUGGGUGCAGUCCUUCAACCUGGUGGCGCUGUCCUACGACAGGCUGGUGGCCAUCAUGUUCCCUCUGCACUAUCCGGUGAAGGUCACCCACCGCUUCAUGUUUUCGAUGAUCGCCUCCUUCUGGCUCUUCGUUAUCGUUGCUCAUGUCAUUGCUGUUGGUUUUCUCACCCGACUGUCCUUCUGUGACUCUGUGGUCCUUAACAGCUACUUCUGUGACCAUGGCCCAUUGUUCCGCCUGGCCUGCAAUGACUUUACCCCCAGCCUGGUUAUUGCGCGGUUGAUAACGGUUCUCACCCUUUGGAUCCCUCUGGUUUUCAUCUUGUUAAGUUACCUCUGUAUUGGCUAUGCACUGUCUAAAGUCGCCACAGUUCAAGAGAGAGUGAAGGCCGUUAAAACCUGCACGGCCCAUCUUUCAUUGGUGAUAAUCUACUUCAUCCCAAUAUUAGUCACAUUCACUAUGAAUACGAAUAUUCACCCAAAUGCCAGAAUCAUAAACCUGUCGCUGACCUCGGUUUUUCCUCCCAUGCUCAAUCCAUUCAUCUACGUCCUGCAGACGCAAGAAAUAAAAGCAUCGGUGAGAAAAAUAGUAAAAAUGAGAAAACGAUCCAAGAUAACAAUGAGGAAAGUGAUGCUAAAAUGA